AGCCCAAAUAUAUCCUGUUCCCCGGAGACAGCGAACGCCGCUCUAGUGUGUGGCCAACACUGCCUUAAGCACGCCUGCCGUCGGCCAAGCUGUCGAUUCUCUCUUUCAUUCUUGGUCGACAUCGACUUCCUCGAGCCAUUCGCGUGCCCCAGUCGGGUCUGUUUUGUGCGCCAUACGACUGCCCCCCGUUGUCGGCAGAUCCUGAAAAGCCUCGCUGUCAGCCCCCGAUGUUCGUCCGGCAACACAGCCUUCGAGCAACGAGUUGACCACAAGGUGGCACGCCGUCUCAAGAGUUUGCCGUGGCCUCCAGGCCCGCUGCUGCGGCCUUUGCGACAACCCUUUCUCUGUUGAAAUCGUGCCGAUUCGAUUGCUUUGCAUUGCUCUCCGCUCGUUGAAAUGCUGGUCCCAGUUGAAAGGAGAGGAAGUGUGCUCGGUACACGUCAAACCACGAACGUGGGAAAUGGCGGUACUGGGCCCAAUGGUGCCACAAUUGCCUCGAUAGUUGUGAUCAUACUCCUCGCGAUCGCUGUCAUCAUUCUCGUGCUCUUCCGCAACAACCGGAAGAGGGCAACCAAUACCAAAUACCUACCGGGCGAUACACUGCUCUCCAAAGUGAAGAGAUGGGGUAAACUCGGCAACUCCUCCUCGAGAGGGAGGUACGGUGCAGAGUUGCAACCUAAUCCAAGCGCUCCGAGUCUUAUCGGGAGAGACGGGAGAAGGAGCAGAGACACAAGCCAGGAGCCGGCGCGCGACCGGCAACGCAGCGACGACAUGGAACGCGGCCCUAUUGAAACGCAAGAGGUUCAGAACGAAAGCACGACUAUCACGACGGGAGGAGGCAUCGAUCGGAACACCAGCGUCAGAAGCGUCAUGACCCUGCCGGCCUACACCCCAAGCGCAAGAGAGACAGAACGCAUCAUUGGCCGAGAGGGCGAGCGAGGCGGGAUCGACACUGUGAUUGAAUUCCCCGAGACGGCAGACGAGGAAGAGGCGCGACGAGAGGGGGAGAUGGAAAGUUUGUACCAGAUCCGACGUCAAAGACGACUCGAGCAGGCAGAGCGGGAGGAGCGACGACGACUACGGCGCGAAGCCAGAGAAAGAGGCGAUCAUGAGACCUUGAGGAGACUGCAGCAAGAAAGCAGGGCGCGCGCAGAAGGUACCUUGCAGCUGACGUCGGCCGCGCUGAUCGCUGAACAUCAAGCCACGAUAGCGAGCCGCGAACGACGCGUGAGCUCGGUGCAAUACGCGGACCUGGGCGUCGCGCGGCACGACGGCUCAAGAAUUCGAGCCAAUUCGACCGACAGCGACAACAGACCGCUGCUGGACUCGGCCGCCAGCAUAUCCGGCAUGUCGUUCGGCAACCCGAGCCUGCACAGUCGCGGCAUCUCGGCGAGCUCGGUGCUAUCCGUGUCGACCGCGAACGGGUCCGAGAACGGGGACGGCGCUGCGCACGUCGACAGCGACGGCUUCGAGGUUGUGUCGUUGGCCCCCACGCGGUCAGCAGACCUGUCCGUGUAUCGUGCCCCCGAAGAAGCCGACGUGACGACGCUGGGCAUUCAGAUUCCAUCCGACUUGCCGCCAAGCUAUGACGACCCGCCGGACUACACCAGCCCGAUUCAAACGCGUGCCAGCGUGAGAAGCAACGGCCCGCCUCGUCUUCCAAGCUUGACUACCGUUCCAAGCAUCGAAGUCACAAGCGUCGUCUCGCCAAUGACGCCGACACCGACGAUUGCGGAGUUACCCGCCAACGAGCGGUUUCCCGCCGCGGCGAGCCAGCGUGUGUCCGAAUCGCGGUAAUGUGACGCGUACCAUCACACCUCGAAAACGGGAAAUUUGAAGAAGAAGAAGAAGAAGAAGAAGAAGAAGAAGAAGAAGAAGAAGAAGAAGAAGAAGAAGAAGAAGAAGAAGAAGAA